AUGAGAUGGCUUGCGAGUGAAGGUGAAGAGAGAACAUGGAAAGAUCACAUUGUCAAGGGUUUGGCUUUCAUACUCAUUGCUCUUUUCGUGUGUAUUUAUGGUGCAUUGAAACCAGUUAAAAAGGCUGCUGCCAGUCAAAAACCAGUCCUUUCCGAGGGUAAUUAUGCAGCCGCUGCUAAGGAGCAAUUGACUUCUACUACUGCUGACGACAAUAACGGGGGAGAAGGCGGGUCAAUGAACCGCAUAGGCGUGAAUGUGCCGGAUUGCUCCAAAGACAGCAUCCUCGUAUUCCAGGGCCCUACAACCCGUCUCCCAAACGGGAUUCCGACCUACACAGUAUCUAUAGAGAACGUGUGCCUCUCGGGCCUCUGCACUUUUUCGGACAUCCACAUGAGUUGCGGCUGGUUCAGCUCAGCCCGGCUGGUGGACCCAAAGGUCUUCCGGCGGCUAGCCUAUGAUGACUGCCUUGUCAAUGACGGGGGCCCGUUCAACCCAGGGGACACCCUCUCUUUCCAGUACGCAAACACCUUUGCUUACCCGCUGUCUGUAACCUCGCUAUCCUGCUAA